AUGUCUGAAGUGAACGCUGUGGUGAUGCGGCAUCGUCAUGUCACUAUCCAGGAAAUUGCGGAAGAGGUGGGCGUCAGCACUUUCUCUGCAAAUUUCAUUAUGACUGAAGAUUUGGCCAUGAAGAAAGUUGCAGUGAAAUUCGUGUCGAAAUUGCUCACGGUGGAGCAAGAGCAACUUCGUGCUGAAAUCUCACAGGACAAGCUUGGAAAACAAUGGGCUGUCUACAAUGCUCUUGAAAAGGACAAGCACGGAAGAGAUGCUGCGUUUCUAGACCAAUACGCUGCUGAGCGAUGGGAGUGUGUCCUUCAUUUCAUGGUGGGUUGUCAUACAACAGAGGGCAUAAGUGUAGAUGCAGUCCGAACACUGCUCCAUGCUGGACUCAUGAAAUCGGAAGAGGGCGAAAGCAGCUCACCAUUGAUAACUAUGGAUGGCUUCCAGUUCUUACUGAUGGACACAGCUUCUCAAGUGUGGCAUUUUGUGCUUCAGUACUUGGACACUCUGGAGUCGAGAGGCCUGAACCUGGUGGAAUGUCUAACGUUCCUUUUCCAAUGUAGUUUCCUCACUCUUGGGAAGGAAAAGGAACCUUUCUUUCACUUCAAGUUUCCUUCUUCCUUGCAAUAUGCUUCAACAUAUACUAUUUAG